AUGAUGAAUGGCGACGAGGACGGUGAUGACAAGCAGACAGAGGGUGGCUUUGAGGUGAAGGGUUAUAGAGAGAAGCAGAGGAGAGGAGAGCAGCCAGGGAGCCAGCCAAAGAAGACAUGUUUUGUCACAGUAGGUGCUACGGCAUCUUUUAACGCCAUGAUUCGAGAGAUCCUGCAUCUGGAUUUUCUAGCGGCUCUCAAGGCAAACAAUUACACCACUCUAACCAUCCAGUACGGCCGGCAUGGAGAUGAACUAUUCCGCUCGUUCGUCAAGGACAAUGAAAAUGAAGUACUUCAUAAUUAUGGGCUGACCCUGACGGGCUUUGACUUCGAUAUAAAUGGCCUCAAGGAUGAGAUGUGCGCUGCCAAAGCAAAUCCAAGCACAAACACGGCCGAGGGUCUUGUCAUCAGCCAUGCAGGUAAACUAGACCAGCUGUGA